CAAUUGACUAUCCGGUGUAAACAAAGCCCAAUACUACUCGUCUUCACUAUAUAAUCCUCACUGUCCGCCACUUCGACGAUUCACGGACCUAGGGUUUCUUCGUCUCCGCCGCCGCCGCCGCCGCCGCCGCGUCUUCGUCUCCGCCGCGACGAUGCCGUCCCACAAGACCUUCCGCAUCAAGCAGAAGCUGGCGAAGAAGAUGCGCCAGAACCGCCCCAUCCCCUACUGGAUCCGCAUGCGGACCGACAACACCAUCAGGUACAACGCGAAGCGCAGGCACUGGCGCCGCACCAAGCUUGGGUUCUAAGCAGGGGAUGCUGCAGCUUGGGAAAGCCAUGGUUCAAGACUUAUCUGCAUUUUGUUUUAUGGAUGUUUCAGUGUUAUGCAAGUUAGGAAGUGAUUCCAGGAUGCUUUUGUUAAGAUUUUGGUGAUGUUAAGAGAAUUGCUUGUACUCUGGUGUACUGAUGAUGCCAUGCUGUGCUAAGUAAAGAACCAUUCCUAUA